AUGAAAGCCUCUUGGGGCGACGCGAUCGUGCUGAUCGCCCUGUGGGUGGCCACGGCAGGAUUCUGGCAAGUCACAGGCAACACAGUGCAUCAAGAGGUGCAACAUACGAGGCAACUCCAGCAAAAUGCCACUGCUUUCAUUUCGAAUGGUGUGGAUGCGGAGUGCGGACGCCACCCCUACAUGGUGUCUCUGAGGUCCACCAACAAUGUCCACAAGUGUGGCGGGGUCCUAGUGGGCCCAAAAUGGGUGCUUACGGCCGCUCAUUGCGUGGACCCAAAUGACCCCGGCUCUACAGGCACCACGCCUAUCAUCUUCAUCGGUGCCUGCAAUCUGGAUGAUUUGGUCAAUGAAAAUGGCGUGGUCGAGACCGUCCUCCCUAAGAAGGCCUUCAUACACGAGGAAUGGGACGGGAAGGUGGAGAAUGGAAACGACAUCGCACUUUUGAAGUUGCGGAAGCGAUCCCAGCACGCGCACGCUGGUCUGCCCAUGGACAAUCACGUAAUACGAGGGGCCUCCAGGCUCGUGACCCUCGGCUGGGGAUUGGGCAGCAGCCGAGCUAAAGUACUGCAGCAGGUGACCAUGGAGGCCAUCGAAAGUGGAGAGUGUGGGGCGCCGGAUGCGUGGGGCUCCGUUAUUACAGAAUCGAUGGUGUGCGGCCAAGGUGUCGAUGGCGGCAAUGUUUGCGAAGGCGACAGUGGAGGCCCCCUCAUUGAGGCCCACGCUCCCGAUGGCAACCUCUCUGCGGGCAACCCUUCUGUUGACAUAAUUGUAGGCCUCACGUCAUUCGGCGAGAGCAACUGCGAGGAUCCAAGACUGCCCAGCGUUUUCACGAGGAUUAGUAGCUUCCGUCCUUGGAUUGAGGCGCAAAUGGGGGUGAGCAUUGUUUCUGCGGCAAAUAAGGCUCUAAAACAUUGA